AUGAAAUCUAAAGCUUUAAAAAGGAUAUCAAUCUUAAAAAAUCACGUGUCUGCAACUCAGCCAGCCGAAGUUACAAUUGUAGGAGGAGCUGCAGUAGAUGUUAUUGCUAGAACCAAGGAUAUUGCAAAGAUUAACAACUCGAACAUUGGGUUCGUAGACAUAAAAUAUGGAGGAACUUCUAGAAAUGUCUCCGAAUGCAUCACAAGACUUGGAUUUGGAUCCAAGCUUAAAUUCAUCACUUCUAUUGGCAAGAACGAUAGCUUUGGACAUUUACUUAAUAAGUCCUUCGAUGAUCUUAAAAUGAGAAAAGAUGGGAUCCACUACAGCGCAGACUUCCCAACGGCUGUAUUUUGAGCAGUCAUAAAUCCUUCAGGAGGAAUGGAAAUUGGAGUCAAUGAUAUGGAUUGUCAUCCAAAUCUUCCAAUUAGCCACAUUAAACUGCAAGAAAAAGAUAUCUCCUCUUCGAAAGUAGUCUUAGUAGAUACCAACGUCAGUGAAAAUGCUAUUUUAGAGACUCUCAACUUGGCUAAAGAAGUGAAAUGGACCAUUGUCGAACCAAUAUCAUUAGAAAAAUAGCUCUAAAGUUGCUUUCAAAAAUAUCCUUCCCUUGAUUUCAAUUCUAAAGCCAAACGAUGAUCAAUUUGAAGAUGUGUACAAUCUCUUUAAAAGCUAUGUUUCCACAAAGGUCUCUAGAUUUACUACGAAAGAGGAAGAGUUGCUUGCAAAAUCUGAGAUAAUUUUUGAAGCUUCUAAAGUGCUAAGUGAGAAAUACAAUUGUGCUGAUAAACUGAAGUAUAUUGUCAUAACUUGAGGAAAAGAUGGGGUAAGACUAGUCUCAAGGAGCCCUCUCAAGCAUUAUCAUUUUGAAGCUGUAGAUGUUAAAGUGAUUAAUGCUGUGGGAGCUGGAGACACUUUCUGAGGGGGACUAAUCUCUGGAUUACUCCAUUACAAACAAGAAGGGAUAGAAAUGCUAUCAUCUGCAAUCAAGCUAGGGAUGAGAUGUUCUACCUUAACAAUCCAGAGCACUGAAAAUAUUGCUCAUGAAAUUUCAAAAGAUUUAUUGUAG